AUGUGGUGCUUGGGAGAGACAGUGGUAGGAGCAUUCGCUUACCCAUAGAACGAGCAGCAUGAACGAGCAGCGUGAACAUGGUGCCUCAAUUAAAGCUAGAAUCCUUAAUUGAAACAAUAACAUAGUGUUUUGGUAAAACGCUGAGGGAUGAGCCUGGAGAAAUGUAAGCACUCUCAAAUUCAUAGACUGGGUUGUGGAUGCAAGGAAUGACCAUCCAUAAUAUAAAAAUGAUAGUUUUAACCAUGUUUUGAGGCUAUACAGUUUUAUAAACAUUUAUAUUGUUUACAAACUUCAGAGUAAAAAAUGCUUAUAUUUUUGGUUCUGAUGGGGUACGACAGUUGAGCUCAUGGGGCAUUUAUAAGUUAUAUUCUUCAAGAAUCAAUGGUCCAAAAUGGAUGUAGCAACUAAGGAUUCUAGCUUUGAACCCAUAUUUUUCUUUCUUUCUCUCUCUAUCUCUCUUUCUCUCUCUUGAUCUCUCUUUCUUUCUCUCUCUCUCUCUGUCCCUGUCUCUCCCACACCCCUCAUUCUCUCUCGCUCAUCCCUCUCUCUCUUUCCCUCUCUCUCUCCCUCUCUCUCCCCCUCUCUCUCCCCCUCUCCAGGCUGUGAGCCCUGUGGAGUGUGGUCAUGACCAGCCAGGGCAGCAACAGCAGCAGGAAGGACAGCCAUGCUGCUGACAGUACCCCCUCCUCCUCCACGCCCUCACGCCUGCCCCCCGGCCCCAAGCUGCAGGUGCAGCGCUCCCUCUCCCGAGACACCAUCACCAUCCACUUCUCCGCCCUGGGAAAAGAGGAGGAUGAGGACGAGGAGCUGUAUGGGUUUGGGGCGUCUGUGUCAUCAUCCUCCCCAGGAGAGGGGUCAGAAGGGCUGGGUGGGAUGGAGGGGAGGACUGAGGACCAGGGCAUCGUGACGGCCUUGGAAGCCAGCGAGGAGCUACUGUUUGAGGCUGGAGGGAUUGAGACCACCACUACCAUUAAUGUGUCCUCUACCACUCUACCCCACAGCCCAGCCCUGCCCAUCCUCCCCUCCUCCACCCACCCCACCCUCGAGUCCCCCCCUGCUUGCUCCUCCUGGCCCUCCAAUCACACAAGACCCACGAUCCCUCCCACUGCCACCACCUCCUCCUCCACCACCUCCUCCCCCUCUCGCUCCGCAGCCCUGCCCUCCAAGCCUUUCCUCAGCCUCAGGUCCCUGUCCAAUGAAAUGAUGGUUGCCUCUCCUUCUUCUGCCGGGCGGCACCGCCACCACCUGAUGAAGACGUUCGUCAAGUCUCUCUCCACAGACAAUACCAGGCCCGACCACCAGGAGGCGCCCUCACAACCAUCUCUCCCCCAGCAGCGCCCACCUCCAGACUCCCGCGUCAACAACCUGCUGCUCUUCAAGCAGUUGGGCCAGCCGAGGGGCUCCACCGCGUCUGGGGGUGGUGACUCCAAGACGGCCCCCUCCUCCCCCCUCACCAGCCCGGCCGACGGGAGGUGUUUCUUCAAGGUGCAAGAGAUGGAGGCCAGGAUCGAGGAUACUAGGAGGCGUUUGUCAGAGGUCAUGUGCGAGCCAAUGCAGUUGUUCAGUAAGUUCAUGGGCGACGAGGCUGGAGGCGGGGCCGAGGGAGUGGGUACAGGAGGGGGUACCUCCGCUACCCACUGCUCCAAAUCCCUCUCCCUCAGCGCCACGGAGCUCACCAACCUGGCAGGCCUCAAUGGGCACGCAGAGAGCAACGACAACUACAGCAUCAAAGAGGAGGAGGGAGGCGACUCUGACGGAGAGGAGGAGGGGGAAGAGGAGACCCCUACUGGUGAAGCCCCAGCAGACUCUGUCUUCUCCUCUCCUCCAGCCAAGACCUCCAGGACCUCCAGGGUCUCCUCCCCUCCUCCUCUCCCCAGGUCCUCCUCCCUCGCCCUGGGUCACUGCUCAAUGUCGGCCCUGGUCCGCCUGGAGGACGAGGAGUUCUUUGAGCUCUACAGUGAAGACUUUGAGCUCUGUACUGACACUGAGACACCGGACGGGGAGCGGCCCGGGUCCCUGCAGAUCCAAACAGGCAGCACGGGUGUCUGCAGUGAAGCCGAGUCCGACGAAGAGGAGGAAGACUUAACAAACGUUCCCAUCACUGGCCUCCUCUUCCUCACGUGUCUAGUCUACAGUUACCUGGUCCUCCCCCUGCCGCCCUAUUUGUGUGCGGUGGUGCAGGGGGUGGCGGCAGGGUUCAUGCUGGCUGUACUGGUGCUGUGGCUGUCGGCUCCGGAGGUCUCCAGCUGCAGUGGGACCAGGCAGGGCAGACGAAGGAGGGAGCAGUGGAACGUGGCCCAGCUGGAUAUCAAAGAACCUGGAAUCUUUAAGGUAGGUCACUGUGUUAGCAGUUUAGUGCUAAGUAUUUAGAAAUUGGACUACUUACAUCUGAAAUUAGUGCCAAAGCAAUUGUAAAGCAAAAAACUGUAAAGGGUGCAUUAGUAUUAGACUGGAACAAAAUCCGGCUCAACCUGCAACUCUCCAGAACCAGAGUUGGUGACUGAACACUGUCUUACGUUUAACAUCCUAUCCCUGUAUUUUUUUGUGUAAGGUUAUGACAUAGAAAGCUUUCUACCCAAGAUGAUAGCUAAUAUAUUUAUAAAUGCAACAAUAAAGAUAUUGUCAUGCGUAGGCAUACUUUUCUGUUGUGCAACAACCAAGGUAUAAGGCAGAUCACAUAAAGAGGAUCCUGACAUCUUAGAUAGGCCAUGUCCUUCCCCUAGUAGUACCUGUCAUCACGUGACAUUUACAUUUUAGUCUUUAGAGACUCUCUAUAUCCAGACUGUACAGUUUAUGUGAGUGCAUACCUUUUCAUACUGGCCCCGUGGGAAUACACAACCCUGUCCUUCCCUAGUGAGUAACCUACCUGUCAUCACUGUGGACAGUAGCCUGACAUCUUAGAUGGGCCAUGUCCUUCCCCUAGUAGUACCUGUCAUCACUGUGGACAGAUAGCCUGACAUCUUAGAUGGGCCAUGUCCUUCCCCUAGCAGUACCUGUCAUCACUGUGGACAGAUAGCCUGACAUCUAGAUGUGCCAUGUCCUUCCCCUAGUAGUACCUGUCAUCACUGUGGACAGAUGCUGACAUCUUAGAUGGGCCAUGUCCUUCCCCUAGUAGUACCUGUCAUCACUGUGGACAGAUAGCCUGACAUUAGAUGGGCCAUGUCCUUCCCUAGUAGUACCUGUCAUCACUGUGGACAGAUAGCCUGACAUCUUAGAUAGCAUGUCCUUCCCUUGUAGUACCUGUCAUCACUGUGGACAGAUAGCCUGACAUCUUAAUGGGCCAUGUCUUUCCCCUAGUAGUACCUGUCAUCACUGUGGACAGAUAGCCUGACAUCUUAGAUGGGCCAUGUCCUUCCCCUAGUAGUACCUGUCAUCACUGUGGACAGAUAGCCUGACAUCUUAGAUAGGCCAUGUCCUUCCCCUUGUAGUACCUGUCAUCACUGUGGACAGAUAGCCUGACAUCUUAGAUGGGCCAUGUCUUUCCCCUAGUAGUACCUGUCAUCACUGUGGACAGAUAGCCUGACAUCUUAGAUGGGCCAUGUCCUUCCCUAGUAGUACUGUCAUCAUGCGGACAGAUAGCCUGACAUCUUAGAUGGGCCAUGUCCUUCCCCUAGUAGUACCUGUCAUCAUGGGGACAGAUAGCCUGACAUCUUAGAUGGCCAUGUCCUUCCCCUAGUAGUACCUGUCAUCACUGUGGACAGAUAGCCUGACAUCUUAGAUGGGCCAUGUCCUUCCCCUAGUAGUACCUGUCAUCACUGUGGACAGAUAGCCUGACAUCUUAGAUGGGCCAUGUCCUUCCCCUAGUAGUACCUGUCAUCACUGUGGACAGAUAGCCUGACUCUUAGAUGGCCAUGUCCUUCCCCUAGUAGUAAACUGUCAUCACUGUGGACAGAUAGCCUGACAUCUUAGAUGGGCCAUGUCCUUCCCCUAGUAGUACCUGUCAUCACUGUGGACAGAUAGCCUGACAUCUUAGAUGGGCCAUGUCCUUCCCCUAGUAGUACCUGUCAUCACUGUGGACAGAUAGCCUGACAUCUUAGAUAGGCCAUGUCCUUCCCCUUGUAGUACCUGUCAUCACUGUGGACAGAUAGCCUGACAUCUUAGAUGGGCCAUGUCUUUCCCCUACUAGUACCUGUCAUCACUGUGGACAGAUAGCCUGACAUCUUAGAUGGGCCAUGUCCUUCCCCUAGUAAUACCUGUCAUCACUGCGGACAGAUAGCCUGACAUCUUAGAUGGGCCAUGUCCUUCCCCUAGUAGUACCUGUCAUCACUGUGGACAGAUAGCCUGACAUCUUAGAUAGGCCAUGUCCUUCCCCUAGUAGUACCUGUCAUCACUGUGGACAGAUAGCCUGUAGCUUCUAUUGAGUUAGCAAGCUGAGCACAUGUUGCUGAUAGCGUCUACAAGAUAAACAGCUGAUACAUGGCUGGCUUUUCCCCAGUGGGACUCAGAGAGAGUAGGGAGGAUCUUCAAGGUUACGUCCCAAAUGGCACCCUGUUCCCUAUUUAGUGCACUACCUUUGACCAGGGCCAAUAGGGCUCUGGUUAAAAGUAGUGCACUAUAUAGGGAUUAGGUUGCCAUUUGGGACGCUAACCAAUUCUCCAUAUCGCCUCUCUGUUUGUCAUUAAAAGCUCAGGACUAAAACCUGAUGGCUGCUCAGUUUAUCAGAUAGGACAGGAAGCAACUCAGUAUCUGUCUGUAGAUAUCCUUCUUCUUCCCUCUCUUCAAUGGCUAAAACAGUUGCCAAGGUAACAAUUCUCUUCCUUCCAUGAAUCCUAAUAUCCACACGAGUACUAUUCAGUAGGCUUGAGUUAUUACACCAUUAAACAUUACACUGGCUUAAAUAUUGGGAUGUACAACCUCUACUGAAUGCUCAUGCAGCAUUCACCAUGGUGGCUUCCCAGUGGGAUAGAAAAACAUUGGCUGGAUGAGAAAUACAUCAAAGUCCGGUGUGGCUCAGCAUGGUGCUUGCAACACCAGGGUUGUGGGUUUGAUUCCCACGGGGGACCAGUAUGAAAAUGUAUGCACUCACUACUGUAAUAAGACUCUGGAUAAGAGUGUCUGCUAAAUGACUCCUCUAAUCUAACGUCCUCAUUGGGCUGUCUAACAACAUACUGAGCCUCUAUAGCAUUCUCUCCAGCUACUCUGGGGUUUGCCCUGAAACAACCUCACAGAUUAAAUGGUCUGUUGAUUUGUCAAACGUUCUCCUUUUAACCCAGUCAAUGUGCUGGAAACUGAAACAGAGGAGACACGCUUAGCGGUUGGCCAGCGGUUAUGUAAGCUUGUGCGUGUGUGUGUGUGUGUUCUUAUUUGAGUGUGUGUGUGUACUUGUGUGUGUUUGAACCUGUGUGUGUUUGAAUCUGUGUGGGCACAUGAGCUCAAUAGCCUCUGGCAACAGCUGUACUAGAGAGAGGCUCUCUGGUCACGCGGAACAUAGCACAACAUAGCGCCUGUGGAACAACACAAUAUAGCCGGCUAAAGGAAGGGUCAUAUGGUGCAGCUCUCACCCACAGUCACACUAUGAUGUCAUCAUGCCCUUCUGCUCAGUAUGAUGUAAUUCAUGAUGUAACGUCUCCCAGUCUCUGAAGAGAACUGAACAGACCGUUGUUGUUUAGAUGAAGCCAUGUUUUGAUACUAGCUCCACAUAUCAACAUGGUCUGGAUGAUUCUCUCACUAGGAAGUUAGUAUGGACCAGGGGUAUCAGCUAAAUGUUGGAGACCGUGUGAUUAUGUGGUUGUAUUGCAGCCCAUCACACUCCCCAAUUAGUGUGUGUGUGUGUGUGUGUGUGUGUGUGUGUGUUUGUGCGUGUCAUGCAUACAUAUUUAUUAGUCUCCAUGUUGUUCCAUGCGUCAGUCUGAGAGUUAACAAUGUGUAUUGUCCCCAUUAACAGGGCUGGAUGAACCAGAUGUACAGCUAUGACCUAGAGAUGUACCAUGCCACUCUGACCCACUCUGUGUAUGUACGUCUGGAGGGCUCCACCCUGCGCCUGUCCAAACCCAACCGCAACAUCGCCCGGCGGGCCACGCACAACGAGCCCAAACCUGACGUCACCUACAUCAGCCAGAAGAUCUAUGACCUCACCGACAGCAAGGUGUGUGUGUCUGUCUGUGUGUGGAACGUGUUGUAUGGUCGUUUAAGGAGGGAUGCGUGAUUUUGUGUGUGUGUCUAAGACCGAGAGAGGGAGGGAAAGGGAAUACGAUGUACAAGUGACAUCGUCCUACGUCAUACUUCUGGGUCCUGUCCCCUAAUCUUUUGAAUGGGCUUGACGAUUAUAUCAUAAACUCAGUGAAAAUGCGGUCAUUUAAGAUAUAUAGAAAAUUAAUUUUGUGUUUGUGGAUGAAUUUACUUCUGAAGUUUGUGUGCUGAAGACCAUUGUGAUAUGUUUUUCCAUUCAAAAAGCUAAACUAAAAGGCUACUUCCUAGAAACAGACGCAUCACUUUCAUACCGUAUGUGGUGCACAUUUGUGUAUGUCUGUGUGUGUUUGGGCACACAGACAUUAAAGUGGGCCUUCCUCACAAGUGAUAGAAAUACCUGUAUCUGUCCAGUCAGCCUAGUAUUUUUAGACCAAGCGGUUCAUGUAGCGUGUAACAUCCAAAUGUGUCCCCAGAUCCACCUUGUGCCCCAGAGCCUGGCCAGGAAGCGUGUGUGGAACAAGAAGUACCCAAUCUGUAUCGAGCUGGCCAAGCAGGAGGACUUCAUGUCCAAGGCCCAGGCCCAGGUAGAGAGGACCGAGCCUGGGGAGGAGAAGCCGGCCGAGGUGGGGGAGAAGGGGGAGAAGCUGGAGGGUCCAGGAGGAGCUGGGGGUGGAGAGGAGCCCAGGAAACCCCCAGGGGAGCGAGAUCUGACCCUGUUCCUGUUCGGAAGGACGGGUCGGGAGAAGGAAGAAUGGUUCAGGAGGAUUCUGGUGGCAUCCAGACUGAAGUCAGAGGCUAAUAAAAUGUCCAGUGAGCGUCCAGUGGGCGGUGAGGGAACAUUCAAAUCAACACACACACACACACAGCUAUACUUGUGAAGACUUUUUGGGGACCAACAAUUGAUUCCCAUUCUAAAUCCUAUUUUCCCUAACCCCUAACCCUAAGUAUUAACCCCUAGCCUUAACCCUAAUUCUAACCCUAACCCUAAUUCUAAGAGGAUUACAGACAGGGAGACGUUAGCUAGACGUAACAUAUGUGAAAUGAUUUCCAAUAGAAUUUGAACCCAGGUCUGGUUGUCGUUGCCUGACAGACUGGUCUCACAGACUGGAGGCAGAGAGCAGGAGCAGCAGCCUCAUGGACGAGCCCAGUCAGAAGGACCCUUCCCUGGCUGGAGGGGUCAGGCAGAAGAUGCUGCUGGACUACAACGUCUACAUGGCCAAGUACGUCACCCCCCUGCCCCCGCUGGACAGCCCCCCUGCCAGCAGCCCCGCCCACAGCCAAGAGGGCAGCCCUGGAGCCACCAAGAAGGUAGGGCUGAUGAGGGAGACCACAGAGAUCUUUUUUAUGUAAUUCUAUGGGGGUGACCAUGUUGACACAGGCUGAUCAGAUAGCCAUGUAGACGUGUAGCUAGUGUGGCCAUGUAAUAGCAUGUAACAAUAUACAACUAUACUAAGCAACAUGCAACAAUUUGAAAGAGUUACAGUUCAAAUAAGGAAAUCAGUCAGUUUAAAUAAAUAAAUUAGGUCCUAAUCUAUGGAUUUCACAUAACUGGGAAUACAGAUAUGCAUCUGUUGGUCACAGAUACCUUUAAAAUAAAAAGUAGGGGCAUGGAUCAUGCAGCGCGAUGCAUCUCCUUUGCAUAGAGUUGAUCAGGUUGUUGAUUGUGGCCUGUGGAAUGUUGUCCUAUUCCUCUUCAAUGGCUGUGCGAAGUUGCUGGAUAUUGGCUGGAACUGGAACACGCUGUUGUACAUGUCGAUCCAGAGCAUCCCAAACAUGCUCAAUGGGUGAAAUGUCUGGUGAGUAUACAGACCAUGGAAGAACUGGAACAUUUUCAGCUUCCAGGAAUUGUGUACAGAUCCUUGCGACAUGGGGCCUUGCAUUAUCAUGCUGAAACAUGAGGUGAUGGCGGCGGAUGAAUGGCAAGACAAUGGGCCUUAGGAUCUCAUCUCUGUGCAUUCAAAUUGCCAUCGAUAAAAUUAAAUUGUGUUUGUUGUCCGUAUGUAUGUUUACUACCUUUGUCUCACUACCUGUUACUCCCACGUUGUUCUUCUCAGUUACCCAGCAGCCCGUGCGAGCGGCCGGGGCGAGGGGCGGUGCCAGAGGCGUGGGUGAACGCCCUGAUAGGCCGGGUGUUCUGGAACUUCCUGGGGGAGAAGUACUGGGCUGACAUGGUCUCCAAGAAGAUCCAGAUGAAGCUCAGUAAGAUCAGGGUGAGUACUGGCAUCCUAUCUCCUCUGCCUCCACAUACAGUCAGCGUGUAAAUUCCUCUUAUCUGUCUUUGUGCCAGAGAGCUCUUUGUCGAUAGUCCUUUUUAAAUUCCAUGCGUCCUCUCCUCCCGUCUUCCCCUCGCUUACUUCUCAACACACGAGAGGGAAAUGAGAUGUAACUCAGAGAAAACACACUUGUAAAAAGGGACACUGUCCUCAAGUGUAAAUGUCCUGUGUGUUACAGCUGCCGUACUUUAUGAAUGAGCUGGUUCUGACAGCGCUGGACAUGGGCUUCUCCAUUCCCAAGAUCCUCCAUGCCUCCAAGCCCUCCGUGGACCACCAAGGUAGGACUCUCUCUCUCUCUCUGCUUUCUCUUCUCCCUCUCUAUCUUUUCUCCUCUCCCUCCUCCUUUCAUCUCCUCUCUCUCCCCCUCUCUUCUCCCUUUCGUCUCAGUCUCCACAUACUCCUGCCUCUAUUGACCAGAGUAAUUAAACUUCACAUCCACAUCCUCUCUGUCUAUUACACUGUGACUCACUCUGUCUGCCCAGCACAAGGACUCUCUACCCCUGUGGCUGUUUUCAUAAAACGUCUAGGAUCAGGUCUUCCCUGUCCAUACAGUGCUGUGAAAAAGUAUUUUCCCCCUUUCUAAUUUUCUCUACUUUUGCAUAUGUUUUAUACAAAAUGUUACCAGAUCUUCAACCAAAACCUAAUAUUAGAUAAAGGGAACUUGAGUGAACAAAUAACACAACAAUUACAUACUUAUUUCAUUUAUUUCAUAAACAAAGUUAUGCAACACCCAAUGCCCCUAUGUGAAAAAGUAAUUGCCCCCUUACACUCAAUAACUGGUUGUGCCACCUUUUAGCUGCAAUGACUCCAACCAAAUGCUUCCUGUAGUUGUUGGUCAGUCUCUCACGUCACUGUGGAGGAAUUUUGUCCCACUCUUCCAUGCAGAACUGCUUUAACUCAGCGACAUUUGUGGGUUUUCAAGCAUGCACUGCUCGUUUCAAGUCCUGCCACAUCUCAAUUGAGAUUAAGUCUGGACUUUGACGAGGCCAUUUCAAAACUUCCAAUGUGUUGCUUUUUACCCAUUUUCAUGUAGACUUUAUUGUGUGUUGUGGAUCAUUGUCUUGCUGCAUGACCCAGCUACGCUUCAGCUUCAGCUCACAGACGGAUGGCCUGACAUUCUCCAGUAGAAUUCUCUGAUACACAGCAGAAUUCAUGGUUCCUUCGAUUAAGGCAAGUCAUCCAGGUCCUGAGGUAGCAAAGCAUCUCUAAACCACCACACUACCACCACCAUGCUUGACCAUUGGCAUAAGGUUCUUACUGUGGAAUACAGUGUUUGGUUUUCGCCAGGCAUAAUGGGACCCAUGUCGUCCAAAAAGUUCUACUUUUGACUCAUCUGUCCAUAGAACAUUCUUCCAAGAGUCUUGAUGAUCAUCCAGGUGCUUCCUGGUGCUUUUUGGCAAACUUGCGUCAACUUUUUGGACGAGAUGUUUCCCAUUAUGUCUUGGCAUUGGGUGUUGCAUAACUUUGGUUAUGAAAUGAAUGAAAUAAGUCAUUGUUGUGUUAUUUGUUGUUUUGGUUGAAGAUCUGAUAACAUUUAGUAUAAAAAAAUAUGCAAAGGGAAAAAAUACUUUUUCACGGCACUGUACAGUGGGGAAAAAAAGUAUUUAGUCAGCCACCAAUUGUGCAAGUUCUCCCACUUAAAAAUAUGAGAAAGGCCUGUCGUUUUCAUCAUAGGUACACGUCAACUAUGACAGACAAAAUGAGGAAAAAAAACCCAGAAAAUCACAUUGUAGGAUUUUUAAUGAAUUUAUUUGCAAAUUAUGGUGGAAAAUAAGUAUUUGGUCAAUAACAAAAGUUUCUCAAUACUUUGUUAUAUACCCUUUGUUGGCAAUGACACAGAUCAAAUGUUUUCUGUAAGUCUUCACAAGGUUUUCACACACUGUUGCUGGUAUUUUGGCCCAUUCCUCCAUGCAGAUCUCCUCUAGAGCAGUGAUGUUUUGGGGCUGUCGCUGGGCAACACGGACUUUCAACUCCCUCCAAAGAUUUUCUAUGGGGUUGAGAUCUGGAGACUGGCUAGGCCACUCCAGGACCUUGAAAUGCUUCUUACGAAGCCACUCCUUCGUUGCCCGGGCGGUGUGUUUGGGAUCAUUGUCAUGCUGAAAGACCCAGCCACGUUUCAUCUUCAAUGCCCUUGCUGAUGGAAGGAGGUUUUCACUCAAAAUCUCACGAUACAUGGCCCCAUUCAUUCUUUCCUUUACACGGAUCAGUCGUCCUGGUCCCUUUGCAGAAAAACAGCCCCAAAGCAUGAUGUUUCCACCCCCAUGCUUCACAGUAGGUAUGGUGUUCUUUGGAUGCAACUCAGCAUUCUUUGUCCUCCAAACACGACGAGUUGAGUUUUUACCAAAAAGUUCUAUUUUGGUUUCAUCUGACCAUAUGACAUUCUCCCAAUCCUCUUCUGGAUCAUCCAAAUGCACUCUAGCAAACUUCAGACAGGCCUGGACAUGUACUGGCUUAAGCAGGGGGACACGUCUGGCACUGCAGGAUUUGAGUCCCUGGCGGCGUAGUGUGUUACUGAUGGUAGGCUUUGUUACUUUGGUCCAAGCUCUCUCCAGGUCCCCCCAUGUGGUUCUGGGAUUUUUGCUCACCGUUCUUGUGAUCAUUUUGACCCCACGGGGUGAGAUCCUGCGUGGAGCCCCAGAUCGAGGGAGAUUAUCAGUGGUCUUGUAUGUCUUCCAUUUCCUAAUAAUUGCUAUUGCAGAUUCAGUCUUCCCAGCCUGGUGCAGGUCUACAAUUUUGUUUCUGGUGUCCUUUGACAGCUCUUUGGUCUUGGCCAUAGUGGAGUUUGGAGUGUGACUGUUUGAGGUUGUGGACAGGUGUCUUUUAUACUGAUGACAAGUUCAAACAGGUGCCAUUAAUACAGGAAACGAGUGGAGGACAGAGGAGCCUCUUAAAGAAGAAGUUACAGGUCUGUGAGAGCCUGAAAUCUUGCUUGUUUGUAGGUGAUCAAAUACUUAUUUUCCACCAUAAUUUGCAAAUAAAUUCAUUAAAAAUCCUACAAUGUGAUUUUCUGGAGAAAAAAAUUCUCAAUUUGUCUGUCAUAGUUGACGUGUACCUAUGAUGAAAAUUACAGGCCUCUCUCAUCUUUUUAAGUGGGAGAACUUGCACAAUUGGUGGCUGACUAAAUACUUUUUUUCCCCACUGUAUAUGUUAUUCAUUAGGAUCCUAAAGGCAAAAAUGAUUCUAGAUCAGCACUUCAACUGAGAAUGUGAAUACAGCCCACGACUCUGAGAGCAAGGCACAUUAAUUCCUGCAUUGAUAUGUCUGACUUUGGGAGGGGAUGAGGGGGAGAAGUGGGAGGCUAGUGAGGAGAGUGGGAGGUCAUAUUGAUCCAGUCAUUUAACUAUAUUCUGAUGUAGGGGAUACAGUUGGGAGUGUGUGGGUGUGGGGUUACAACGCCAUCUGAAAUUUUAGCUCGGUUUUUCAUGUUUUACCUGAAAAACCUUUCAUUGCUAAGCUUGAAUGUCUCACUGUCUCACUUUAACGGUUCACUUCUCUUUAAAGGCCCAGUGCAGUCAAAAUGCAGUUUUUCCUCUGUUUUGUAUCAUACAGAUGAUGAAACUCACUGUAAUGGGUGGAGUUUUGGCUUACCUGGUGACAUCAACAGGCGGUAUAUGUUUUAAUAGACCAAUAACAAAGAUAGUUCUAAACCUCUCUGACAAUACCAGCUAGUUUUCAGUUUUCCCCUCCCCACUCAGACCACUCCCACAGUCCUAGCAAAAUCAUUGCUUGAGAAAUAGUUUUUUGCUAAAAAGCUUUUUUUGGGGGGACAAUUUUAAUUGAAAACAAUCACAGUAAGGUACUUAAUGAUUUGAUAUUGAGAUAAAAAAUGGUUGCAUUGAAAGCUACAGUCUGGAAUUUGGGAAACUUUCCAUAUUCAAUUCAAGGUGAAUGGUUAAACUCCUAAGCCUGUACUGCAGCGUUUCCCAACCUCGUUCCUGGGGACCCCAAGGGGUGCCCUAGCACUACACAGCUGAUUCAAAUAAUCAGGGGGGGCCCCAUGACCGAGUUUGGGAAAUACUGCUCUGUUGUCUUGCUACAGUAGAAGCGGCAGGUAGCCUAGUGGUUAAGAGCGUUGGGUCAGUAACCGAAAGGUCGCUGGUUUGAAUGCCCUUGGGCAAGGCAGUUAACCCCCAACAACAACUGCUCCCCGGGCGCGGAUGAUGUCGAUAAGGUAGCCCCCCGCACCUCUCUGAUUCAGAGGGAUUGGGUUAAAGGAAGACACAUUUCGGUUGAAUGCAUUCAGUUGUGCAACUGACUAGGUCUGCUAAAUGGCAUAUUUUUAUUUUAUUUUUAUUUUUAGGUAUCCCCUUUCCCUUGAGCUCCUCAGUCCAGAGAGUGAUUUAUUGCACACUGUCCUACACAACACAGCUCCCAUGGGCUUUCCCCCCAGGCAUUACCAGCUGAUGCUUGCACAUAAUGAGCCCAAUGGGGAUUACUGCUCAGCAGCUCUGUGCUCUAUUCCAGGAGUCUGGAUGAUGAAGCCAAUAUAAGUUAAGGGCUUUAUAACUGUUAUCAUUUGAAGAGUUUCCAGAGAGUUAGUCACAGUAAUCCCUCUCCACUUUCAUUGUGUGGGAUAGAGAGGAUUUGGAGAGCAAGAGAUGAAGAGUAAAAGUCUCUUACUAAGGAACAGGUUGAUAUUUCCUCCCCAUAUAGAGAGACGUGAUAUGACUGAAGAGCUGAUUUUCACUAGUGUGCACACAUACAUACAUACAUACACACACACACACAUAUACACACACAUAUACACACACACAUAUACACCAAAAAAAAACGCUAGGUUCUGAGCUUUCCCACCCGAAACCAGGAAGAAGCCUGGUGAGUUUGCCAGCUUCUGAGCCAAUCAGAAGAGAGGCUGCCCUAGAGUUGACCUUUUGGUGUGUUUACUAGAGGAUCAUUCCACUUCCUGCCAGUCGGACACAGCAUGUGGCUUCACUGCAAUUAGGAGUCAGGUGGGGAACCCCUGGUUAGUCCACAAAAACAACAUUAGCAUUUGUUCACAUUUGUUCUUUAGAGACAUGCAAUGUUUAACAGAGUUUUACAAUAGUACUAAUACAGGGCCAAAGCAAACAACGCUGAAUUAAUUAUCAUGAAAUUACAUCAAACAGUGAAUAACAUAAGAGCUUAGUAUUCAAUGCACCAAUUUGUUGUUCAUGUGUGCUCCCACCAGGGGCUGCUAGUGAGCAGAGUGCCCCAAAGGCAGAGGUGAUGCUGCUUAAGGCCGCUACACACUUCACGAAACAGAGCGACGGAGCGUCGUAUACGGUCCGUUACAAAAUUGUAACCAGAGUGAAAGAGAGAUAUUGAGAGUAUUUAUUAGGAUCACCAUUAGCGCUACUCUUCCUGGGGUCCAAACAGUGUUAAAACAAUUACAUCACAGCAAAACACAACAACAGCCUACAUCAUCAAUAACACAAUACAUCAUACAAUACAUUAUUACUCUAUUAUACAAUAUUUACAAUAUAAAAUCCACAAUACCACAACAUUGCAUUGUGUGUGUGUGUAGAGUGUGUGUGCAUAUGCGUGUUUGUGUGUAUAUGUGUGUCUCUUCACAGUCCGCGUUGUGCCAUGAGUUGCUGUUUUAUCUGUUUUUUUCAAUCUGAUUUUACUGCUCGCUUGAGUUACUUGAUGUGGAAGAGUUUCAUGUUGUCAUGGCUCUAUGUAGUACUGUGCAUUUCCCAGAGUCUGUUCUGGACUUGGGGACUGUGAAAAGACCCCUGGUGGCAUGUCUUGUGUGGUAUGUAUGGGUGUCUGAGCUGUGUGUUAGCCAUUUGAACAGACAGUUUGGUGCUUUCAACACAUCAAUACCUCUCACAAAGACAAGUAGUGAUGCAGUCAAUCUCUCCUCUACUUUGAGCCAGGAGAGAUUGACAUGCAGGUUAUUGAUAUUGUCCCUCCGUGUGCAUUUAAGGGCCAGCCGUGCUGCUCUGUUCUGGGCCAACUGUCAUUUGCCUAUGUUUUUCUUUGCGGUACUUGACCAUAUAACUGGGCAGUAGUCCAGGUGGGAUAAAACUAAGGGAGUUCUUACUGCUCUUUGCCUUAGAGUGGGUGAGUGACUAAUCUUUUCAUUUUUUUUAGCAAUCACUCUUUUCCAGAGCGACUAACAGUUAGUGAGUGCAUACAUAUUUUUUUUAUUUUUCAUACCCUCUGUGGGAAUCGAACCCUGGCCUUGCAAACGCCAUGCUCUACCAACUGAGCUACAUCCCUGCCAGCCAUUCCCUCCCCUACCCUGGACGACGCUGGGCCAAUUGUGCGCCGCCCCAUGGGCCUUAGACCACUGCGCCACUCGGGAGGCUCAUCCACUUACACAUAGUACCAAGAGCUUUUAUAUACCGUCAGCAUUAGCUAUACAGUUUUGUGCUUUUGUGGUAACUAAUCCGAUAUGGGUGUGUAGUUCAACGGUGGAGAACGUUUUCAUUGCAAGGAAGUGUGAAAACAGUUGUGCAUCAUUAUUCCACUAUUGUCGUGCCAACGAUGGUAUGUUAGUAAUGAUUUACCAUCCCUCUUUUAUCCCCCUCUCUCUCUCCCUCCUCUUUCUAGGUCUGUGGUUUGAUCUGGAGGUGUCCUAUGCUGGUUCCUUCAUCAUGACCCUGGAGACCAAGAUGAACUUGGCCCGUCUGGGGAAGGAGGGAGAGCGGCUGGGGGAGCAGGGGAAAGAGGGGUGAGUAUGGAGGAGGGAGAGGGGCUGGGGGAGCAGGGGAGAGAGGGGUAAGGACAUAGAGAUAGACUGAAUAUAAUAUGUUCUAUUUACAUACUGUAUGUGGUUAAAAGAGAGCACUCAAGGAGAUAUAUAUAUUUUUUUAGUCAUUUAGCAGACGCUCUUAUCCAGAGCGACUUACAGUUAGUGAGUGCAUACAUUAUUUUAUGCUGUCCCCCUGUGGGAAUCGAACCCACAACCCUGGCGUUGCAAACGCCAUGCUCUACCAACUGAGCUACAUCCCUGCCAGCUAGGGGUGUAACGAUCCAUCUACUACAUCGAUGUAUCGAUUUAUAUUCCUAUGAUCCAACUACAUCGAUCUGUGCUCGGCGAGUUGGCCUUUUGGACAACAUAUAUCAAUCUAACAUCGUUUUAAAAUGUAAUAAAUCGAUUGUAUCGAUACUAGGAAAUAACCCAUUGGAUUUAAGCACGUCAGACACAGUUUCAGUCACACUGGUUGAAUUUUUGGCUAAAAGGUUACUGAAUCGAUUUCAAGUCACUGAAUCGUUUCGGAUCGUAUCGUUCUAAAUGAACCAAUAUCGUCCUUGAAUCGUAUCGACAACCACGAAUCGUGAUACAAAUCGAAUCGUUGUUAAAACGAAUCGUUACACCCCUACUGCCAGCCAUUCCCUCCCCUACCCUGGGCCAAUUGUGCGCCGCCCCAUGGGUCUCCCGGUCACGGCCGGCUAUGACAGAGCCUGGAUUCGAACCAGGAUCUCUAGUGGCACAGCUAGCACUGCAAUGCACUGCCUUAGACCACUGCGCCACUCGGGAGGUUAUUAUCAAAUCUUAAAAUCAAGUACUUACUUAUAUAGUACUUUAAAGUAUGUGCAUUGUUUUUGGUUAUGUAGGCAAUCACAUAUGACAAAUUAGUGCCAUUCAGGAUGUAUGAUCAUGAACAGAGUGGUUUAGCAACACCUUUUCUAAAUACUUAAUGGCUCCAUUCACUGCCUGAGUUUAUCUGGAACUGUCAAAGUGUUUUGUUUGACUUCCAACAAUAAUGCAAUUAGUCAAUUAGUGGAGGCUGGGAGGGGAUAAUGAGAAGUAACAUUUUUUGUUGUAAAUGUAGGAUCAACAGCAUGGCUUUGUCAGCACACAGCACUGAGCAUGUGCUAAUAGCUGAAUUACUAUUGAUAGGGUUUGUUCAGUGUUGUUCUAUGCUGGUCAUGGGGACUAAUAGGAUUUGCAGGCUUUUGUUCCAGCCCAACACAUGAUUCAACAACAGGUGUGUUAGUGCUGGGCUGGACCAAAACCCUGCACCGCAUGAGUAGGAUUGAAAACACUGGGUUUGAAUGAGAGGCAUUGUUAACUGUCACAUUUGUCUCUUUUUCUCUCCUUCCUUCUUUCUUUCCUUUAUUCCCUCUCUCUCUGGACUCUACCUCUGACCUCUGUGGAUGUCUUAUUGCUGGUGAGUUUGGGAAAGCUUUCUUUCUGCCUGGUGUACUGAAAUCAUCCCUCUUUUUUUUCCUUCUCAUAUUUCACCCUCUUUUGUCUCAUGGAAUCAGCUUCCCUGCAAGCCAAUCGAUCCUUUAGAUGCCUUGGCAGGGAAGUCACCUGGUCCCAGAUUUGUUUGGGCUGUCUUGCCAUCUUCAAUGGCAGUGGUCACCAACCUUUUCUGAGUAAAGAUCACUUUCUCAGGUAUAUGAUCACACUGGUAAUAGAUCAUUUGUUGUAUUACUUGUAAGGCACAGCUGAGUGAGCAUAACAAUUAUUAUAAAACAAUUUUUACUGGACUGAUGGCCUGCAUCUGAUGGUCAGUCUGAGGGGAGGAAAGGGGACAGUCUUCCAGCUGAUGGCGAAACUCGCAUUGCAUUAUUUCUGCCUCAUGCACCAAUUUGUUGUUACUGCUAUGACCAGAGAAAGUGAAAUAUUCCUAGAUAUAAAAGACACAAGCCGCUAAUAAUAACAAUGCAAGCUUAUCGGAAACACUUUGCUAUAGGCUUCAAUGCAGCUGCAAUGCUAGUUGUAGCAUAAGUUGAAGUAGGGAGGACGAAGAUUUUAUUGGUUAAAGUGUUGACAAUGCUGAAUAACAACUUAAACGUGAACUUACUCAUAAAAACAGCAGCUCUUUGCUGUAUUCGUUGACUCUCUCUCUAGUCAUGGUUUUAAACCUUUUGAAAUCUCACAGUAUCAACUUUGCUGUGCGUUCAAGGCUUUUUUUUAUAGUCUGGCUUGAGGAAACUGUGCAGACACAGUGAUCUGAGCUAUCUGAUUGGCCAGUGGUAGGCCUAUAGGUGGUGACCACUGUCCUAUGGCUUGCAAAUGACCAUAGGAAUUGGCAAGACAGCACUACAGAUGUGGGCUAUUUCCCAGCCGAGGCCUCUGAGGGAUCGUUCUUAUUAGGGGAUUUGUUGAUCGUCUUUGAGCUGCUUAGCAAAUGCUCUUCUGAGUGUACUUGGUUUGACGAAAAGCGAAGAAAAUCCUUCUGCAAACAGUGGGGAUGGCCUUGUGAGCAGAAACAUGACUGCUCAUGCUGUACCACAUGGGAGUCGUUUAGGCUUUAGUCUUGGGUAAAUGUUAAAUGUUAGUCCCCAGUUCAGGACUGAAUGACUGUCAAUACCUCAACUUUGACCGAUUUGAACAAGCUGCUGUGUCCAAACUGGAUUUGCUGAGGGCUUCCUAGGCACGAAUGCUGCCAACACUGCUCCCCAAUAACAAUAGACAAAUGUUCCUCCUCAUUUUCAUCUGUUUUCCACUUCCAUUUCUUAAAGCUGACUAAUACUCAUCACCUUUGUUCUCAUGUUUUAUGUGUCUGUGCAGGCCCAGACCUCGGGCCUACUGCCUGGCGGACAGUGAUGAAGAGUCCUCCAGUGCUGGAUCGUCUGAUGAAGAGGAUCCCCCAGAAAUCCCCAUGGACAUGCUGGGGGCGGAGGGGUGAGAGAACAUCAUUAGCAUCAGACUGUGUCUGUCUCUCUUUCCAUUAGUGUGUUUUUAUCGACUUUAGAGACUCUUUAUAGCACUAAUUGGUGAAUUGCAUCUCAUUUUAGCUGUUAGAAUAUUACAAUGAAGAAGCUACAGAGAACACAGUCAAUUAUGUAGGCUAAUAAUUGUGCAGCAAUUGUCGGUUACACUUUAUUUUACAGCCCGUUUUAAGGUAUUGUCCUAAGUACCACAAACAGAUACAGGCAGGAGCUGCUUUCCGGCCCAGAGUGACAGAAUGUACCCACUCACUGCCUUGUAUCGUGGGAGGAGAGAGAGACUGAUGAAUAACUGAUGAUGCUGACUCACUCCCUCCUCUUCCUUUUCCGACACCUCUUUCACCUCCUUCACUUCCCCUUAUCCUUCCUUCUCCUCCUCUCCCUCGUUCUCAUCUCCUUCUCCUGCUCUUUCUGCUCUUUGUCCUCUCCUUCUCUCCCUUCUUCCUCCUCAUCUCCCCCUCCUCCUAUUCCUCCAUCUCCUCCUCUUCCUCCUCCCUCACAGUUUCGUCGGAGGCCACCGGCCCAGUAAGAUCAUGCGGUUUGUGGACAAGAUCGCCAAGUCCAAGUACUUCCAGAAGGCCACGGAGACAGAGUUCAUCAAGAAGAAGAUCGAGGAGGUGUCCAACACGCCCCUGCUGCUCACCGUGGAGGUGCUGGAGUGCCGCGGGACGCUGGCCGUCAACAUACCACCCCCACCCACUGACAGGAUAUGGUACGUUCCGUCCAUGCCCACCUCCCCCACUGACAGGAUAAUGGUACGUACCAAUACCUUCAUACAGUUACAUACCACCUCCCCCCACUAUUAGGAUAUGGAACGCCCCGGCACCUUCACAAAGUAUACAUAACACCUCCCCCCGCAGACAGAAUUUGGUACGUUCCACUCCAGGGGUAAGGUCUGAAUAUUGAAUAUCCAGUAUGAAUAUUCAGGUUAUUCAUCUAUAGAGAUAUAGCAGGGCUUAGCCUGGCUUGUUGACACAGUAGCCCACAUGUCCUCUGCUGGUCAUAUAAAUUAAGUAGAGGAGUCAAAGCAUUAUUUGCCACCGAAAUGUAUUUUAUAUUUAUUUAACUUUUAAUUAUGAAAAAUAUAUUCAAGAUUUCAAACAUUUUAUUUUAAGUGAGCUGUUUUUACUUACUUUGACUUUCAGGAAGACUAGACUAGUAGCUUACUAGUUCAAUGGGUGUAAGAGAAACCUUCCCCAGGAUAUUAGUAUACAGUAAGCCAAUGGGUGUAACAGAGUAAACCUUCCCCCUCCAGGUAUGGCUUCAGGAGUCCCCCCCACUUGGAGCUGAAAGCCCGGCCCAAGCUGGGUGAGAGGGAGGUCACGCUGGCCCACGUCACCGACUGGAUCGAGAAGAAACUGGAUCAGGAGUUUCAGGUAAACUGAGACCAGGGAGAGUAGAGCAAUAACGUCUCUCUACUUGGAUUAUGUAAUAAUUGUAGUGUGUGAUCUGAAAUCCAGGAGCUUUGACUGAGUUUUUCCUGAACACGGGAUCUGCCUGGGAACAUCUCUGGGCUCUAUAGUCUUUCUUGGUCAGAAAGAUCUAAGCCCCCCCUAACUAUUUGUUAAAACAAUUUGAUUAAUCAUAUCAUCACAUUAAUGUAACUUUUUAGUUCAGUAUGGGUCGAAAGCUUUGCAUUUCUCUUAGCUUUGCAUCUCUUCCCUUGUCAAAAAAGUGAAUGUCUUCCCAGUGUUAGACAAUGAUGGGAAUGGGACAACAGAAAAGUGGUGCGUUAUGUAUUUACAGCAGCCCACCAAGCUGUUCUUCAAAGACAGUGUGAUGUGGCUCUCUGUCUUAAUCUAAUGAUCAGGCUGCUCCUAGAACUCAAACAUGCAGACAAAAGGCUUAUCAUAAAUGCAAUAAAAUAUUCUUAGCACCCCUUUAGCUUUAAGUGUUUUCAGUUUUACACCUAGUUACUCAAAUUCUCAUUUUUGUUCUCACAGAAAAUAUUUGUGAUGCCAAACAUGGACGACCUCUGGCUACCCAUCAUGCACUCUGCCAUGGACACCCGUUCCAACACCAACCUGGUUACUGUGACAACAACGACCGAUGCCUUGAGGGACCCAGACCUCUCGGAGCCUGAGCUCUUUGACAUGUGA